AUGAUUAAUCGACGAUGUAUUAAGAUUAGUAUCGAUAGAGGGGGAACUUUUACAGAUUGUAUUGGAAUUAUUACUGUACCAAUAUCAUCCGAACAUCCCACCGGACGUAUAGAAAUUGUGGUAAAAUUAUUGAGUGUCGAUCCUCAAAAUUAUGAGGAUGCUCCUCGAGAAGGGAUAAGAAGGUUAUUGGAAAAAUUUACUGGAAAACCUCAACCCAAGGAUAAACCAGUUGAUACGUCUCUUAUAGAGUCGAUUCGUAUGGGAACAACUGUUGCAACCAAUGCUUUAUUAGAAAGAAAAGGAGAAAAAUGUGCUCUUUUAAUUACAAAAGGAAAUCAGGCUCGCCCAAAGAUAUUUGAUCUUGCAAUUCAUAAGCCAGAUGUUUUAUAUCAAAAAGUUGUAGAAGUUGAUGAACGUGUAAGUCUGGUUGAAGGACCAUCAUCAAAUAAUAAUGGAUCAAAGAAGGAUGAUGGUGAUGAUGAUUUGUUAGAAGGAAUUUCUGGAGAAUAUGUUAAAAUCAUUCAAAGACUUAACUUGGAAAAAGUAAAUGAAGAUUUAAGAUCAUUAUACGAAGAAGGAUUUAGAAGCAUCGCGAUUUGUUUAAUGCAUUCUUAUACUUACCCAGAUCACGAACGUCAAAUUGGAAAUCUCGCAUCAACCAUUGGAUUUACUCAUAUCUCACUUUCAUCUACCAUAAUGCCCAUGAUUAAAAUUGUUCCUCGUGGUACCUCAUCUACUGCCGACGCGUAUUUAACCCCUUGCAUUCGGAAAUAUAUUAAUGGAUUCAUUUCGGGAUUUGAUGAAAAUUUAAUUCGAAACGUUAAAUUGGAAUUUAUGCAAAGUGAUGGAGGUUUGGUACCUGUCAAUAAAUUUUCGGGAUUUAGAGCUAUUUUAUCAGGUCCUGCCGCCGGUGUGAUGGGUUACGUGUUAACUUCUUAUGGUGAGAAAGAACGAAUUCCGGUAAUUGGAUUUGAUAUGGGUGAUGUAUCACGUUUUGAUGGAAAAUAUGAACAUGUUUUCGAAACUACAACUGCUGGAGUAACAAUUCAAGCACCACAAUUAGAUAUUAAUACAGUUGCUGCUGGUGGAGGUUCACGAUUAUUCUUUCGUAAUGGAAUGUUUGUUGUAGGUCCCGAGAAUGGUCCUUUGACUGUAACUGAUGCAAAUUUAAUACUUGGUCGAUUGGUUCCUGAUUAUUUUCCCAAAAUUUUUGGAAAAAAUGAGGAUCAACCACUUGAUUUAAAAGCUACUCAAAUUGAAUUCGAGAAGUUGGCCACUUCUAUUAAUAAUUUUGAUGAUGGAAGAUCAAAAGAAAUAAAAAAAAGUAUAGAUGAAAUAGCUUAUGGGUCUAAUGAAACUAUGUGUCGUCCUAUCCGUGCUCUUACUGAAGCAAAAGGUUAUUCCGCUUCAAAUCAUAUUUUAGCUUGUUUCGGUGGUGCGAGUGGGCAACAUGCGUGCGCCAUCGCUCAAAAUUUAUGUAUAAAUCGAAUAUUAAUUCAUCGUUAUAGUUCAAUCUUAUCAGCUUAUGGUUUGGCUUUAGCCAAUGCAGUUCAUGAAGUUCAAGAACCUUGUGCCAAAAUUUAUAAUGAAGAUUCUUUACCUUACUUAAAAGAAAGAAUUCGAAUUUUAUCUAAUACUUGUAAUGAAGAAUUAUUUUCUCAAGGAUUUCAAGAAUCCCAAAUUAAACAUGAAAUUUAUUUAAAUUUAAGAUAUCAAGGAACGGAUUUCGCUUUGAUGACUUUAAAACCUUCAGGUGAUGAUAAUGAUUCUUGGGAUUUCGUUCCUUCAUUCGUUAAUCAAUAUCAACAAGAAUUUGGAUUUGUUUUUACUGAUCGAGAGAUAUUAGUGGACGAUAUUAGAAUUCGAGGAAUUGGUGAAGGAUUUGGAAUAACUCAUGGUGAUAUAUUUGAAGAAAUCAAUCAAAUUCAAUCUCAAAAAAAGGAAAUCCCUGUAGAAUUAUCUCAAUGUGAUAAAAUUACUUCAUGUUACUUUGAAAAUGGUCAUCAAGAAACUCCUAUUUAUUUAUUGGAAAAACUUAAAGUUGGAAAUAAGAUUUUCGGUCCAGCAUUAAUUAUUGAUGCCAAUUCUACAAUUCUUAUUGAACCAAAUUCUGAUGGAGGAUUGGUUGCCAAUGCACCUCACAUUCCAGUUCAUUUGGGAAGUUUAAGUUUCGCAGUUUUAUAUCAAUUGAAUUUUUAUAAUGGUACUUUGGAGGAUGGUGAUGUGAUUAUGUCUAAUCAUCCAAAAGCUGGUGGUUCACAUUUACCAGAUAUUACUGUUAUCACUCCUGUAUUCAAUGAGGGCAAAAUUGUAUUUUUUGUUGCUUCAAGAGGUCAUCAUGCAGAUAUUGGUGGUAAGUUAUAUCAAGAAGGAGCAGCUGUUAAAUCAUUUAAAUUAGUAUCCAAAGGUAAAUUUGAUAUAGAUGGACUUACGAAUAUUUUAUUACAUCAACCUGCUCAAUAUCCCGGUUGUAGUGGAACGAGAUGCCUUCGGGAUAAUAUUUCGGAUCUUAAAGCUCAAGUAGCUGCCAAUCAUAAAGGUAUCACAUUGGUGAAAUCCUUAAUUAAAGAGUAUGGACUUGAGGUCGUUCAAGCUUAUAUGAUUCAUAUUCGAAAGAAUGCGGAAUUGUCGGUGAGAGAAAUGUUAAAAGAGGUUUAUAAAAGGAUUGGAAGUAAUACCUUGAGAGCGAUAGAUUUUAUGGAUGAUGGAAGUCCUAUUAAGUUAAAAAUCACUAUUGAUGAAAAUGAAGGUUCGGCAAUAUUCGAUUUUGCUGGAACUGGACCAGAAGUUUAUGGAAAUACGAAUACUCCCACAUCGGUUACUCAUAGCGCAAUCAUUUAUUGUUUACGAUCCUUAAUAUUUAAUGAUAUUCCCUUAAACCAAGGAUGUUUGAAUCCCAUUGAUAUUCGAAUUCCCGAAAAUUCCUUCUUAAAUCCAUCUGAUAAAGCGGCCGUGGUAGGAGGGAAUGUUUUAACAUCUCAAAGAUUGGUGGAUACCAUAUUAAAAGCAUUUCAAGCUUGUGCGGCGAGUCAAGGGGAUUGUAAUAAUUUGACAUUCGGAAAGGAUGGAAUAGUUGUGAAUGGGAAAAAAGUUAAAGAUGGAUGGGGAUAUUAUGAAACUAUUGCUGGAGCUGGACCUACUUGGAAUGGACAAUCUGGUGUUCAUACUCACAUGACCAACACCAGAAUUACUGAUCCGGAAAUAUUGGAAAGAAGAUUAGAUCAUUCAGUUUUACUUCGUGAAUUCUCUUUACGCAAAGGUGGGAAAGGAUUAUAUAAAGGAGGUGAUGGUGUAAUACGUGAUUUAGAAUUUCGAGAAUCAAUUCAAGUGAGUAUAUUAUCUGAACGAAGGGUUUAUCAUCCUUACGGAAUGAAAGGAGGUAAACCUGGUUCGAAAGGAUUAAAUCUUUGGAUACGUGGAUGGGGUACUCCUACGGGAGAUAAUAAUGAUAACGACGAAGAAUAUGAUGAUAAUUCGAAUGAAGAUGAAGCAAUUAUUAGAUUUCUUUAA